UCUCUGGACCCUCCCGGAGCUCUUCCGGGUGUGGAUAAUCCACAUUUCCUCCUGCCGACAACGCAUUCCCAAGAAAACAUCCUGGAUGACGGUCCGAGCUGCGUGUGAGUGCAAACCAAAGAAUGAAACGGAACACUCGAAAGGUGGAAGACAGAUUAUGAGCAGAUACUCGCGAGAUAUUGGAAAUGCUUGACGACCGACUGUGAACUGAGGAAUAAUAUUUGAGAUGUCAGACUCAGAGCAUCAUUUCCCAUCAUUCGUCAAACAGCUGUUGUUCGCAUUUCGAGUUACAGAGCGCAGAGCUUCUUUAUACUGACUCUUUUCAAUAUACAAGACAUUAAGUAAGCGGAUUAAAACGGGAAACAAUAUGUGGGCAUAUUAUUUUGCUAUUGCUCUUAUUGUUAUUGCUCAGGAGGUGAACGGAGAGCCACAUACGCGUCCAUCCUCAGCGCCGCAGCUGAAUUCAACAUUACCCCCACAAGAAGACCAUUCAUCACAUCCUAAUACAACAGAUGAAGCGGUCGGAUCUCGCAUUUCUACCAUUUUAAGGGAUCUUCCUACCAUCAAAAACAUUUCGAUUUUUAUCUGCGUAUUAACAACCUUGCUUAUCACGUGCCUUGUCAUAAAAAUAUUCAGAUCGGCAAAGAAAAUCAGAAAAACACGAAAGUAUGACAUCAUCACAACUCCCGCCGAGCGCGUAGAGAUGGCACCUCUAAAUGAAGAAAACGACGAAGAUGACGACUCAACCCUGUUCGAUGUCAAAUACAGGUGAAUUAAAUUGUGCACUCACCGUUGAAGAGCUCUUUUAACUCCCCCGGAUACCCCUGCGUGUGAACACAUCUAUACAGGGAAUGUGCUCCCUGCACCUUUGAUUUGAUCCAUUUCCUCUGAGCCUUGAAACCUCAAUGGAACCUGACGGCAAAAUAUAUCAAAUGUUUCUUGGUGUAUGCAUCUGUUCUGACAUUCCAAACCAACAUGAAAUCUGAAGUUUUAUGAAAGCUUUUCUGUUGGAAGCACAGAAAGAUAAUCAAAGAUUGAUGUGUGGGGGGGGGGGGAAAUAAAGUGCUCCUAAUGAAGGAGGCACUAAAUUUAGUCCCUCACAAAUCCAUUCCACAAAUUAGUUAUUGCUGUAAUUAUUGCACAAAUAUUUCAUAUUUUUCCUUUACCCCCAAAAACAUUCCAGUUGUUUGGUAAAAAGUCUGUAAUUCAAUAUGCAUAAUUGCUCUUAAAAGUAUCAGGCAGCUUGAACAUUUCUGUCACAGUAUAACAUAUUGAAGCUAUUAUUUUUGGAAUGUAAUGAUAUCAAAACUUCAAUAUUUUUUUUAUUGUAAAAAUUCCCUAAAAUUAUCACAAUUAUUAAUUUAAAUAUACUAUACACAGAGCUCAAAUAUUUGGUUUAAAUUUAAGUGAUUUAGCUGUGCUUGAAUCAGCCCAAUGCUUCAAAUGAAAUAAGUUAUGACGAUGUUAAAUGGAUGUUUAUGCUCCAAUACUGAAAAUGUUUUUUGUUCAUUUAUUAUAUACUAUCAUCUGUAUAUAUUGUAUGCAAAUUAUUCAUCUGAAAUAGUUUAUUUUUUAGAAAGGAAAAAAACAUAUUUUGAUUUAAUAAGAGUAAUAUGUUUCAAACGUCCCUAUAUUUUGAGAAUUAUUAAUGUACUAACCACUAAUUGUGCAUAUUUACUGUAUAAGGGUUGAAUGUAUGUGUGAGAGAGGAUGUGUGUGGAGUUGGGAGAAUACUGUUGCCAUGUUGCUGCUCUCUGAGGUUGAGGAUUGUUUUUUAUUGUGUCGCAUAUGCACACCUCUUUUUUUUAAUUAACUGGUUUUUACAGUGGAAAACGACAGUGCCACACAUCAUGAAGGGUUUAAACAUGAAAUAUUUGAAGAGUAUCUUUAAAAUAUCUUAGAGCUACAGUGAUAUAUUGAUGAUAUGUUAUACUUUGUGACUUUUCCUUAAAUUCAGUGUGACUUUAUCUUAUCUUGAUGCUCCUACUAGAUGUCAAUGUGAAGGACUUGUGUCCAGCAUCUAAGGGUCAAUAAGAAUUUUAUUGAAUUAUAAAUUAUGGUGUAGCUGUUCUUUUCUGACUAGUCUAAAACUGAAGUCAAGAGUGUGAUUCUCUCUAUGUCUCUAUUCUGUCUUUGUUCAAAAUGUUUCCAAUUGCCAGGUGUUGUAUUUCAUACAAAUCUGAAUUCAUGCUUUGAAGAAAAGGAAUAGGCAGUGAAGUAAAGGAAUAUGAAGUAAAAUGUGUUAAAUGCAAACAAUUGCUGAAGUGACUGCAAAACGGUUGAAAUUAAGUGUUAUUUCUGCACUGUUUUUCCCUUUAGUAUUCUGCAAUAAUUGAACACGUCUUAAAACACAUGCUUUAAUCUUCUCCUGGUUUUGUCUGGCAUGUUUGUUAGUCUAAACACUGGACAAAAAAAAAAGUUUUGUUAUAUCGACAACCACUUUUCUUUCCAAAGAAAACUAUGUCUGAGCUAAUUGUAAAUGUUUGUUUUGUUUCUGAAGAGUAUCAGAUCGGUAAAUGUACGUUUCUUCGUUCUUGAUUAUUAAAGUAAAUCAAUUUCUAAAUGCAAUAAAUAAAAAUCUUAAAUGAAAA